UUACGGUCCCUAAAUUUGCCUCCUCAUCACGCUUUCAUAACCCCUUCCAUCCUAAACACACAUGUCUCCCCACACAUGAACACACAAUCAGAGAGGCUGCGUCUGAUUGGCUGCUUGUUUCCCCUCCUGCUCUUUCUCUUUCUCCUCCUCCUCCACCAGUUUCCCUCCCAAUCGUAAUUAGUCAUUUAAAUAUAAUCAUUCAACCAUUUCCAUCAAACCAACCCCCACCGCACCUCCACCUCCUCCACUUCUGCUGCCUCCUCCCACACUCUCACGCCUCCCGGGGGAAGGAGGUGAAGCAGUGAUUGUGUAAAUAAACCCCCUCCUCUUCUUACUAUUUCUUCUCCAUCCAGGAGCUGGAUUUUUUCUCUCUCUUUCUCUGCAUGGACAUGGUUGGGUGAGGGGUGUAGGUGAAGCAGGGUGAGGGUGGAGGGUACACAGAGACCCCCUCGCAGGCAGCAUCUAUCUCCUUUGCAGCCUUCAACCCUUAAAACUCUUGUGACAGCAGCUUAUCCGGGGGCUAGACUUUCGUCACGCUCCCACAGCGGCCGCAGAAUCCCCCUCCUCACCCCCUUACGCUACCUUCCCAGCGCUACACCUCCUCUCCCCUCCCCCACCUCUUGCAACACGACUCCUCUCCGCUCACUCCAUAGCUUGUGAGACUGAAGGCAGCCUCGGUGAGUGGAGGGGAAAGAGAAAGAGAGAGGAGAGAGCGGUGAGGCUUUCCCAGCAUAGAGAAGCAGCAGGAGGUGAGAGGGAGGAUGAUGGAAGCCAGCUUUGACACUGAGGAGAGUUUUGACGACCCCUCCUGUCUCGCCCCGCAGCCCCCCGGCUCCGUUUCACCGGCCAGGAGGCAGAUCAGGGAGGUCAAGGAGACCAAGAUCACGAUCAACUGUGUGACGUUCCCUCGGCCUGGAGGGAGUCCGGAGCAGCAGCUCCUGAAGCCCAACGAAUGGAGCUACUGCGACUACUUCUGGACCGACAAGAAAGACCCACAGGGCACGACCUCGGUGGCGGGCUUCGAGGUCCUUCUGCAGAAGCAGCUGAAGGGCAAACAGAUGCAGAAGGAGAUGUCCGAGUUUAUCCACGAGAGGAUAAAGAUUGAAGAAGAGUACGCCAAGAAUCUCUCCAAGCUGUCUCUGAGCCCCCUGGCAGCGCAGGAUGAAGGGACUCUGGGAGAGGCGUGGACUCAGCUGAAGAAGAGUCUUCAUGAUGAAGCUGAAGUCCACCUCAAGUUCUCCAACAAGCUCCACUCUGAGGUAGAAAAGCCCUUGCUGACGUUCAGAUGCGACAACUUUAAGAAGGACCUGAAAAAGUACGACCAUCACAUCGCCGACCUCCGGAAGCAGCUGGCGAGUCGCUAUGCAAGUGUGGAGAAGUCCCGUAGAGCUCUGGCAGACCGGCAGAAAGAUCUGGAGGUGAAGACCCAGCAGUUGGAGAUUAAAAUCAGCAACAAGACGGAGGAGGACAUCAAGAAGGCUCGGCGGAAAUCUACACAGGCAGGAGACGACCUGAUGCGCUGCGUGGAUCUCUACAACCAAACACAGUGCAAGUGGUUUGAGGAAAUGGUCACCACCAGCAUGGAGCUGGAGAAGCUGGAGGUGGAGCGGAUCGAGUGGAUCCAGCAGCAUUUACGCCAGUACACCACUCUGAGGCACGAGACGGACAUGUUCAACCAGAGUACGGUGGAACCGGUAGACAAGCUGCUGCAGAACGUGGACCCCGGCAGAGACAGAGAGCUGUGGGUGAAGGAGAACAACACCGGAGAUGUCCGACCCGUGGAUAUGGACAUAUAAACCAUCCUGAGCUUCAGUAUUUUAACACUUCUGAUAACACUGAUCCAGGGACAGUGCAUGUGCAGACUACUGAGGUCUGCUCAUCCUCUCUGUGACGAGAAUAACAGGAGGAAGGUUUAUCGCAGGCAGGUAACGCCACUGGGUCAAAGUACCGGCAUGUUCCUUCUAAAUUGUAACCCUCUCAUAAUCAACAUUAGCUUAUUGAAUGCCAUUUAACAUAUUCUGCUGUUUACCUGUUGUUAAGUGGAUACUAUAAAUCGUUUAGUUUAGCAUCAAUCUAUAUUUUUCACAGUUCGAGUAAACCAAACUUUAAAAAAAAAAAGUCUGAUUAUCGAUAUUAACUUUAUUUUAGAUACGGAUUUUGAAGCACAUUGAGAUCUUGGACUGAAUAUGAUAUAUUUUCAUAUUUUGCUGGUUCAUUUUGGUGGAAAUGCAUGUUUUGAAUAUCUUGCUUUUUCUGUAUAUGGAGAGCUGCACAAUUUGUUGAACCAUGAUGGUAGUUUUUUGGUAUAGUUCAUUGAAUUAACGCAAGGUAUUCUGCAUCUUGUACAUUUAGGAGCUUUCUCCCACACAAAAAAACAAGACUUUUACGUGUACAGCGUUAAUAUCCAGUAACCUCAACUGUUUAAAGAAUAAAACUCCACACACAUACAGUAUUUAGGAAUGUGGUUUGGAUUAUGCUUUAAUUUUAAAACACAGAUUUAGGCCAGGGUCUAUUAUGGAUAGGGUUGCAAAGGGGCGGAAAGUUUCCAUGGGAAGUUAAGCUGGGGAAUUUUGGAAAUAUUCGAUGCAAAAUUAAACAAAAAAACAUGACAUUUCAACAGAUUUUCUUUUUAAAACAUUUUUUUUUUAAGUAGAACAGAACAAGUUUUAAUUAUUUUAUUGAACAAUUACUUGUUUAAUUGAAGAACGAAAACAGGAAUGUUGAGUUAAAUGUUACUCAUCCCCCCAACCCCUCAUUAAAAAAUGAACAAAAAUGCACCCCCCAUCCAAAAAUCCCCACAAAGUCCCAUUCAAAAUGUUUAAUAAAAAGAGCCCUUCUCCCUCCAAAAACUCCCAUUAAACAUGCAAAUCUUCCUUCAAGCGAUUCUCUGCAUUUUUGCUAAACCCUUUCAGUCAACAGGCUCUUCCUGGGCCUCAUCAACAUCCAACUCUUCCUCUUCCUCUUCAGUGUCACUGUCCAGCCUUGUUGAGGAUGGCUCUGUGUCCGUCCAGCUCAAAGAGCCUUAGGUUUGCCCGAAUGCCAACCAGUUUUUCCACUCUCACAUUUGUGAGCCUGUUGCGAACCUUUGUGUGGUCUCAAUAGCCAUGCAGUAAGCAGUGUGCUAUGGCAUGGAUAUUCAAGUGUACUUGAAUGGCAUCUGUUUGUUUUAGUCAAGAUUAUGCUAAAAUAUACUAUAUUUAAGUUCCCUAUGAAGAGCCAACCUUCAAUUUUGAAAAUUCCCAGUUUAUUCCCAUAAAUUCCCGUUUAUUCCCAUAGAAAGUUUCCAUCUUUGAAAAUUCCCGAAUUUUGCAACCCUAAUUAUGGAUCAGUCCGGAGGAAAAAGGUGGUCCAAGUUACACUGAAACACCUUUUAGUGCCUAACGGUUAUAUACCUGGAAUGUCCUUGACAUAUUCUACUGCAUCAGUGUACAUUUGUACAUAAAGGUUAGAUGUAUUUUGCUGUCAGAUGUUUAACAGGCCCAAAUGAGCUUUGAGGCCAGUGAGGUGUUUGUACUGUACAAUGUUGUUUGUUUUAUUUUUAGUAAAUGUACAGAGAUUAUCUAUACGAUGGUGGUUGAUGACAAAUAGCAAAGAUCAAUUAAAUAACCCCUCUGAAAAAAGACAGUGUGUUAAGGCCCUUGUAGGUAAACAAAAAAUAUUGUUAUUUUGCAGCUUGGAUGGAGGGUAUUUUCAGAGAAAGAAAAUCAGAAUUUUUGAAUUUAAAUUGUCUGGGAGCAACUUGGAUAUGAGAUCAUAAAGUUACUUUUAUCUGAUUAUAUUCUUGUUAUAACCUUAUUAUCUCAGAGAAUUAUUCAAUUGUAUUUCUCUCAUAUCUCAAAAACACAAUACAUUUAUAAGCAAUAUGAGAUUUUAUUUCACACAUUUACGGGAAUACAUUUUAAAUGUUUUCUCGCAAAAGUAUCAUUUAUUAAUCUUAGAGAAAACAUGUUCUCCUACAUUUUCGGGUUUUACUCCAAAAUGUAAAACAUAGAUCUCAGAAAAUAUCCAGGUUGUUUCUUGUUGGUGUUCAACUUAAAUGUAUAUAUUUAUUUUGUCUGUGAAUAUAACCCUCCUCUAAGUCACUGUUAAAAUAUUUGUUAACCCACAAUAGCCCUAAUACACUUUCAGUCAAUAGAUGAAACAGGUUAGUGGAUUUGGGAUACAGAUUAUCCUAAAUGAAAACCCAUUUAAUCAGAAACUGCAUGAAGUAUGUGUCUGUGUUUACAUGUGUGUCUGUCUUCGUCUCUACAUUGUUGUUGUCUAUCUGCUCAGAAUUUAUUUGGAUAAUUCUUUUAAUAUCUCAAAAGCAUGAAGCUAUUCAAAUUAAGAUGAAAGUCCUAAUUCUAAUCCAGCUGCCAGGCACAAUAAAAAUAUAUGCUAUUAAAACAAAUGAAUAUAUAUAUAAAAACUUACCUGCCUUAUCACCAUUAUUAAUGCCUUAGUGCAUUCAUUUUUUUUUUCGGAAAUGAAGGAAAGUCAUGGUUACUUUGUCUUAAACCCAAAAGGCUUCAUGCGCAGGUUUAAAUAGCACAUCUGUUGUAGAGGUUUUAUCAGUGUGUGUCAAUGUUGUACACUAAGUGUAACAAGUUAUUAUGUUCCAAUUAAAUGUUCAACAGUUUCAUGAUGACGUAACGGUUGAGUUUACUGCCCUUGUGUGAUUAACAUUUCCAUAACGUGCAUUCAAAUCCGAUGUUCCUGUUGAAUGUUUGAUCAUAGGUGACCUCUGUCCAGACGGUGUACUGUGGAAUGCAUUGUCCAAAAUAAAUCCCCUCUUCGAAAAUGUAA